CAUAUAUAGUAGUUUCCAUAUACUAUAUCGUGUAUAUACUAUAUAUAUAUAAGACUCACCUCUCAAACUUCUGUUCUUCACCAUUCCUCUAUAGUUUCAAUUUCUUGUACAGAGAGAACUGAGAUGGGUUUUGGGUAUCAAGCUCUGCUUUUAGAAGUAGUUGUAUUGGUGACUCUGUUUGUUCAACAAGCAAGAACAGAGCAACUCUAUAAUAUAAGCAGUUUGAGAAAUAGAGAGCUAGUGAGUGGUUGUAAUUUGUUUCAAGGCCAAUGGGUACUUGAUGCUUCAUAUCCUCUCUAUGAAUCUUCAAGCUGUCCCUUCAUAGAUCCUGAAUUUGAUUGCCAAAAGUUUGGUCGCCCUGACACACAGUACCUCAAGUAUGCUUGGAAACCAGACGCUUGUGACUUACCCAGGUUUGAUGGAAUGGGUUUUUUGAAACGAUGGAGGGGGAAGAAAAUUAUGUUUGUGGGUGACUCACUGAGUUUGAAUCAAUGGAAUUCGCUGGCCUGUAUGAUUCAUCAAUCGGUUCCCAAUGUCAAGACCACCCUUGUCAGGAACGCUCCACUCUCUCAUGUGACCUUUGAGGACUAUGGAGUGACAAUAUCUCUCUAUCGCACACCUUACUUGGUAGACAUAGUCCGAGAAAAUAUUGGACGAGUACUGAAAUUGGACUCCAUUCAAGCUGGCAAUUCAUGGAAGGGGAUGGACAUGCUGAUAUUCAACACUUGGCAUUGGUGGACCCAUAAAGGGAAUUCUCAACCAUGGGAUUAUAUUCAAGAUGGGACCAAAAUUUCCAAAGACAUGAACCGUAUAACCGCAUUUUACAAAGGGCUGAACACUUGGGCUAAAUGGGUUGAUCUCAACGUCGAUCCCUCCAAAACCAAAGUAUUCUUCCAAGGGAUUUCUCCCACCCAUUAUCAGGCCAAGGAAUGGAAAUCAGGAUCAAGGAACUGCAAUGGAGAGCAGCAACCACUGACCGGUUCAUCUUACCCGGGAGGUGCACCUCCAGCUGUUGCUGUCGUACACCAAGUAUUGAGUACCAUUAAGAAACCGGUUUUUCUGCUGGACAUCACAACACUUUCACAGCUGAGAAAGGAUGCUCACCCCUCGACUUAUGGUGGUCAGAAGUCGGGCACAGACUGCAGCCAUUGGUGCCUUCCUGGAUUGCCCGAUACCUGGAACCACCUCCUAUAUGCAGCCCUCAAUAUGUGAAGUUGUAUGUAUAAUAAUGACGAAUGAGGGUACCACUACCAACUACCAAGCAUUGCCUGUUCUCUACUUCUAAUAAAAGGGGGCAAGAAUCAAUUGUAAAGUUGUCUGAUUUUUUAGGAAUAAAUAAUUGGUUUGAACUUUGAAGUGCAAUAAGGUUGUAAAAAAUAAUACUAAUACUAAAUUCUCUGAAUAGGUGGAGCUUUCUUUUAGUUUAUUUUA